AUGGGAGUCGGCGAUCAAGGCAUUCAGGCGGCAAUGGGAAUCGGCGAUCGAGGCGUUAAGAUGGACACGGCCGGCGGUGAUCGAGUCUUUGAGACGGCGACGGCGUUCAGGGAUCGAGAAAAGGCUCCGAUUCCACCAGAGUGGCGAAACGAUGAUUGGAUUGACGAUAUGCUGAGUUCAGAUCGAGUGAUGAGUUAUCUCGUUGAGGAUUCCGGCUUGAUGAAUGCGGAAUGUAGUGGUAGCAAAUCCAUCGAACAAUCUUACUGUGCCAGCAAAUCAACGCAAGGUCACAGUUCUGUUGUUGAUCCGCUGCAAUCAGACGGAUAUGCGGAUAUGCUUUUUGUUGAUUGUGGUGAACAUGGAUAG